UCCUAUCUCUUAUAAAAUUACUUGAACAGUCCAUUUCAAAACUACAUCAAACAUGGAUGUACAAAUAAUAUUAGAAGGUCCCCCAUUUCCACCCAAUUAUCACAUGAAACAAAGUUUGGGUCAAUUUUUCUUUGAUUCCGCCUCAAAAUUCAAAGACCGAAUAUGCCAGAUCGACGCCAAAACCGAAAAAAGUGAAACGUUCUUAACAGUUAAACAAAAAAGUGUUCGAGUCGCUUUGGAGAUGCAGAAACGAGGAAUAACAUCAAAGGAUGUGAUUGUUACUUGCUCUGCGCUAACUUUAGAGACCCCAGUCCCCAUCCUUGCUUCUUUUUACCUCGGUGCUAAAGUGGCAAACUCAGACCCGACUUUAUCAGUCGCACAAACGGCUCACAUGCUAUCACUUGUAUCCCCAACAAUGAUUUUCGUCCAAGAAAGCUCACUCACUCUGAUUGAAGAAAGCUUGCAACAAGCCAAGCUUCAAGCACAGAUUGUGGUUUUUGGGACGUGUGACAAGUAUCCAACAUUUUCCGAUUUCAACCAAGCGAAGGAAAACGAAGAGAUGUUUUAUCCAGCCUCUGUCGAUAUUCACGACACUGGUCUGAUGUUCUUCAGCAGCGGCACAACAGGGCUUCCCAAAGCGAUCUGUCACAGUCAUUUCAGUUUCUUAAACCUUGCUUACUGUUUUUGUGAAUCGGGGCUUAAGGUUGACACGACUCUUUCUUACACUACUUUUUACUGGAUAUCGGGGCUUAUGAUGUUGACUUCUUCGUUUUUAAAAGGCGGACAGCGAAUUGUUUGCACCAAGGUGCCCGAAGCCAAAGACGUUUUUGAAAUUAUUCAAAAAUAUAAAGUAACUUGUCUGUUUUUGGCUCCGGUUUUAACAUACCCACUCACAGAUUACGCAAACAGCGGCAAUUUUGAUACUUCUUCGCUGCAUUCUAUUCUUACCGGUGGUACCCCAAUAAGCGAACAACAAAUGACCAAACUUUACGCCACUUUUAAGCACACUUGCAUUGUAUUUGCGUACGGUAUGACGGAAGUUGGCAUGGUUGGAAUGUUUAAUCCAGUAACUGAUAAAGUUCUAAUGACUAAGAAAUUAACUUCUUCUGGAAAAGUGGCAAUGGGGGUCUCACUGAAGCUAGUGGAUGUUGAAACCAAUAAAACCUUGGGCCCGAACCAGAAAGGCGAAUUUCUGGUUAAAUCCCCUUGCAUGAUGAAGGGCUAUUACAAAGCCGAUUGUUCCGACAUUUUCGACGAAGACGGUUUCCUAAAGACGGGAGAUGUUGGUUAUUACGACCAAGACGGGUGUCUUUACAUUGUAGAAAGACGCAAAGAAAUGUUUAAAUAUCUGUCCUGGCACAUUGUUCCAUCGGCUAUCGAAAAUGUUUUGCUUGAACAUCCCGAAAUAAAAGAGGCUGCAGUUUUCGGAAUGCCGAUAAAUGAAGAAAUGGGGGACGCACCUGCGGCUUGUGUGGUCUUGCAAAAUGGGAGUAAAGUCACUGUGCAAGAAAUUGCAGAUUUUGUCGCUAGCAAGGUUUCAGACAGGGAGAAAUUAAGAGGAGGUGUCUUCAUAGUGCAAGAACUGCCCAGGACACCGAGUGGCAAAUUGAAAAGGCGAGACGUUAAAAAUUACGUUUUAAGUUUAAAUAGGGGAACAAAUAAACAAUAAUACUUCAGAA